AUGCACAAGUCUGCUCUUCUCGGUCUUUUGGCCUCGAGCCCAGUCUCGGCCCAGCUUCACAGCCUAGCGCAGGCCGCUGGUCUCAAGUACUUCGGCAGUGCCGUCGACAACGGCUACCUCAGCGAUGCCGCCUACGCCAAGCUCGCUAACAAUGUUGAGGAGUUUGGUCAGCUUGUCCCUGAGAAUGGACAGAAGUGGGAGACUGUCGAGCCUGCUCGUGAUCAGUUUACCUACACUACUGCCGAUGUUGUUCCUGAUCUUGCCAAGAAGAACAAGCAGAUUCUUCGAUGCCAUGCUUUGACUUGGCACAGCCAGCUGCCCAACUGGGUCUCUGCUGGAAAGUUUUCCAAGUCUGAGCUCACCGAGAUUAUCGAGGCGCACAUUGCCAACGUUGUUGAGCACUACAAGGGCGACUGUUACGCCUGGGAUGUCGUCAAUGAGGCUAUCGACGACAGCGGUGAAUGGCGCGACAGUGUCUUCUACCAGACUCUCGGAACCGACUUCCUCGCCAUUUCUUUCAACGCCGCCAAGAAGGCUGAUCCCGAUGCCAAGCUCUACUACAAUGACUACAACCUCGAGCAGAACGGCAAGAAGACCGACCGCGCCGUUGAGAUCGUCGAGAUCCUCCAAAAGGCCGGUGCUCCCAUCGACGGUGUCGGUUUCCAAGGUCAUCUCAUCGUCGGCCAGUCUCCUUCUCGCUCUGAGAUGGCCACCGUCUUCGAGCGCUUCACUGCUCUAGACGUCGAAGUUGCUUUCACCGAGCUCGACAUCCGCCACUCCGCCGUCCCUGCUUCCGCCGCCGCUCUGGCCAAGCAAGGUGACGAGUACGCCAACAUGGUCGGCGCCUGUCUCGACGUCAAGGGCUGUGUUGGAGUUACCGUCUGGGGUAUCACCGACAAGUACAGCUGGAUCCCUGAUGUCUUUGAGGGUACCGGUGAAGCUCUUCUCUACACCGACGAGUACGAGAAGAAGCCUGCCUGGACCAGUGUCUCCAGCCUUCUCGCCGCCGCUGCUACCGGCGCUCCUGUCUCCAGCACUGUUGCCCCUACUGCUAAGCCUACUACCAUGAUGACCAUGACCAAGCCCGCCUACACCGAGACCGACGACUGUGAUGAGCUUCCUGAGACUGAGGAGCCUGUUUACCCUACUACCAUGAAGAACAGCUCUGCUCCUGCUACCACCAUGGCUACACGCACUGCUCUUGGCCCCGUUUACACCAACAUUGACGAUAACGAUGAUGACUGCGAGGAUGAGACCGCUGCUCCUUUCCCUACCUACGUUAUCCCCACCAACGGCACAUCUACUCUCCCCACCAAGGCUCCCGUCUACGAUGACGAUGAAGACUGCGAUGACGAGUCCGCCCCUGCUCCUAUCUACGACGAGGACGAGGACUGCGAGGAUGAUGCCUCCGCUCCCGUCGAAAAGGAAGACGACGACUGUGAGGAGGAUGGUGACUUCGAGCCCACAGCCGUCGCCAUCUCCACCGCCGCCGCCCCUACCCGCGCCCCCGUCGUCCGCACCAGCUCCGCCUACACUUACAAGUGGAACACCCAGACCAAGCCCUCCUAUGACGUCCCCAGCGGCACCGCCCCUGCUGGACCUAUCGGAACUGGAAAUGUCGGUCCCGUUAAGCAGUACUACCAGUGUGGUGGAAAGAACUACAAUGGUCCUACUGAGUGCGAGAAGCCUUACAAGUGUGUUGAGAUGAACCCUUACUACCACCAGUGUGUUAAGGCUUAA